AUGAGUCAGGCCUCUCAUGGACUUGUAGAAUUACUUCCCUACAACAAACAAUCAGGAAUGAUCCUUGGUGGAAGUGCCAGUUUAUUAAUUUCUGGUAAUGCAGGAGCAGGAACCAUCGAUACAAACAUGUUCCGAAUCACUUGUAAUAAUUUGUUGAGUAUUAUCAAACCGCCAAGUGGAGUAUUGGAAGGAUUCACAAUACCAGUUAAAAACAUUGAGGAGAUUGUAAAAUAUUAUGAUGACAUUUCGAAUAAUUUUUCCAAACAGAACACACAAAUAUUAUUCUCACUAACAGGAAAGAACAAUAAUAAUAUCUUGUUGGGAGCAAGAAGCACAGUGAGUGGAUAUAAACAGGCAUUUGAUGUCAUGACUGAGAAUAUUAUUAAUCAUUUGCAACAAACUAAAAAGAAUUUGGAAGAUUUGGUUGCAAUUUCUGAAGCAAACGCCAGAAGAAGUUUGAAACGUUCAAGUUCUGUAACUGGAACCAUGUCUAAUUCAUCUUCUAAUGCUAAUCUUUCAUCUAUGGGUUAUGAUUGGUCAAAUAUUGAUAACAAACAGAGAUAUUUCGAAAUUAAGGAUGAAUGUGAAAUUUUGACAAGUCAUCAUUUGGAAGAAAUGAUUGGUUACAAGAAAUUGGUGUCCUUCAUUCACGAUGCUGAAUUACAGGGAUUGGAUUAUUCUGAUUCCUCUACACAAUCUCAACUGAAUACUACAAAUGAAACUAUUUUGGAUGAAUUCGGUGCAGAAUUUUGGAAGAAUAACAUUGAUCCAACAUGUGAUAAUGUUGUUUCCAUGAUUGAUUUUAAAACAACUUUGAAAUGGUUUGGACCAUUCUCAACUCAAUUUUUUCCAAUUCUCAACACAAUUUUGGAUAUGAAACAUUUCUGGGGAAGUAUGUCAUCAAUUGAAGCACAAAAUUUAUUGGAUGGUCAAGAACCAGGUACAUACAUUACAAGAUUUGCAGAAAAUGAACCGGGUUCUUUUUAUGUAUCAGUAGUAGAAGAUGGUGGAGAUACUUUUGGAUACUUUGACAGUUUGUUAAUGAAUUCAAAUAGAAAGACUUAUCACUAUUUAGUGAGAAGAAAGAGAGACGAAAGAGAGGGUAAAAUGUACUUUGUCCUCAUUGAUUCAGAUAUGGAUUACAAACAUGAAAAGAUUGAAAAUCUAUUCAAACAAUAUCACUUGACCUUUAAGCAUCCAUACUUGGAUGAUAGAAAGAAGGAAGAACAUUCAAAAAAGAAAAAAGGAGAGGAAGAAGUGGAUUUCGUCUCGUUUAUGAAAUCUCAAAAAUCACUCAAUUCCAAAGCCCUAACUGAUGAUGAUGAAGAUGAAGAAUUGUUCACAUCAUUCAGAGGUAGAAUUCCAGAAAAUAAGAAGGAAGUUCAGAAAUCAGUGGCCACACCAAGACAAACAGCAUCAUCUACUACCACAACAACAUCUUCAUCCAAUAGUACAACUAAUGCCUCAUCGACAAACAACACAAAGCAAACCUCAACGACAGCUGCAAGUGCCAAUACAAGUAAGGCACCUGAAAAGCACACCACCACAUCAUCCAAUAAUAAUACUAUCACAACAGAUCAUCCAGUCCUCACAUUGACAACACCACGAGCUUCCACCACUGCAGAAGUGAAAACACCAGAGAAGGUCAAAAACCUUACCAUCUCAACAGAUGUUGCCAACAAUUCUCAAUCAAAAUCAGAAAGCUCUGAACCUAGCUCUAGUACUGUAGCAAUGAGUCCUCUCGUGUUAACCAAACAACCCUCAGAAGACUCUACAGAAUUACUACUCGAAGAAAAAUCAAAUCAUUCUUCACUACUUGACAACAAUCAAGAAUAA